AUGAUCAAAGAACAAUUUGGACAACCAAGCGUAAUUGCCCGUGCGCUAGUGAACAACGUCACCAAAGGAGAGAAAAUCGGUAGAAGUGACAGGAAGAAAUUGCGAGAGUUCUCGAUCGACCUUAUCAAUUGCAUGGCCACGAUGAAACGCAUUGGAUAUACAGCAGAUAUCAACGCCAACGAGAAUUUACGAAAGAUCAUCACACGCUUACCAGACCACAUGAUUGAAAGGUGGAAAGUCUUCGUGGCGGACAUUCGUGAGAAAGGUCAGACACCUACAGUCAGCCACAUAAGUGAAUACGUGAGAAAGAGAGUAAAGGCAGAGUUUAAUCCUGAUUUCGGCGACCUACAAAGAGAUUCGAGACCCCCAAGAAGUGACCAUCCUCCACCGAGAAGAGGCAUCUACGCUGCCGGUCGUGAUUCAAAUAGAUCGCCAAUGAAAUGUUACGUAUGCGAAGAAGAGCACUGUGUCAUUGAAUGCCCAGUAUUAGCGAAAACAUCAGUUCCUGAAAGACUAGAACUAGCAAAGAAAGCAAGACUGUGUUUCUCGUGUUUGAAUCGUGGACACUCCAAGAAUGAUUGUCGGUCGAAGAAGAAAU